AUGUGCCAGCCUCUGGGAAAAGAGAGUAAAGCAAACAAGCAUCAAUAUUACCGUAACUAUCACCAUCAUCAUCACGAUUAUCUUCAGCAAUCUAUCUAUCUAUCUAUCUAUCUAUCUCAAUCCGUUCAUAUCUAUCUAUCUAUCUAUCUAUCUAUCUAUCUAUCUAUCUAUCUAUCUAUCUCAAUCCGUUCAUAUCUAUCUAUCUCAAUCUAUUCAUAUCUAUCUAUCUAUCUAUCUCAAUCCGUUCAUAUCUAUCUAUCUAUCUAUCUAUCUAUCUAUCUAUCUAUCUAUCUAUCUCAAUCCGUUCAUAUCUAUCAAUAUGUUCAUAUCUGUUCAUAUCUAUCUAUCUAUCUAUCUAUCUUAAGAAAUGGACAAAGUCCGACAAUUUAUUUAUUAAUCUAUCUCAAUCCGUUCAUAUCUAUCUAUCUAUCUAUCUAUCUAUCUAUCUAUCUAUCUCAAUCCGUUCAUAUCUAUCUAUCUAUCUAUCUAUCUAUCUAUCUAUCUAUCUAUCUAUCUAUCUCCAAGGAUCCGCUAAAAAAACGAGCAUAG